AUGGCAAGACAUCUGGGAAACUACAUGAAUCACUCGGAAAAGCAUUCCGAGAUCUUCUACCUGUUCCUGCAAGCCACUAAUCUAGAGCGUGCAAUCAAAAUGUCUACUGCCGAUGUUUCAGUAGCUGACCGUAGUCGAUACCAAGUUCUAGAUCUACAAGGCAAGAGUCUUCUGGUUCCAAUUUCGCUGUUGCGUCAGCGUCGGCCAUAUCAUCAGCUGCUAGUGAAGUACGAAACCUGA